AUGUCGACGUCGACGGCGCUGAAACUGCUGGCGCUGCUGCUCGCGAGCGUCGCGCGCGACGCGCGGAGCGCGCGCGCGACGCCGGCGCCGGUGCGCGCGCUGGCGCCGAUGGCGGUGGCGGCGGGGGCGGGAGACGGCGUCGCGAACGCGCUGGACGCGUGCCGGGCGCGGUGCGGCGACGAGGCGUUCGCGCCGGUGUGCGCGGCGAACGGGGCGGCGACGUACGCGAAUAAAUGUUGGGCGAACUGUGCGUUCGCGAGCGGACUGCUCGGGAGCGGCGCGCGCGUGAAUUUCGUGGUGGACGGCGCGUGCGCGAAUCCGACGCGGUUUCGAAAUCCCUCGUUCGCGUGCGCGACGGCGUGCGCGCAGGUGUACGAACCCGUGUGCGGCGAGAACGGGGUUUCGUACUCGAACGGGUGCAUCGCGGAGUGUUCAGGCGUGAGAUACGUGCGCGGGUCGUGUCACGCGUGA